AUGGACUGCCCUUCAAAAACCAUUGUUCAAAUGGGAACGUACAGCGAAAAAGAAAUACGUAGCAAAAUCACCACACCAACGAAUCCUGUAUAUCCGAAAGGAAUGGCUCAAGCUUUCGAGUUGGCCAAGGCGCUCUUAUCUACUGAGACUAGAAAGGAGAAACUUCUUGUACUUGUUUCGACUGGCGAAGAACAACCCAAGUGCACUAAGGAAGCACCAUCUAAAGAUCGAUUCGAACUUGCCGAUGAGGUAAGACUUCUUGUAUGUGUUAUCGGUCGUCUUGAGGCACCUGAUGCACUCGUGCAGUGA